AUGACUGCUCCUCGUUCAUCAUCUAUCCGCGCUCUUCGCGCCCUUUCUCAACAGCCCGUGGCACCCUCUGCUCGCCGCAGCCUUCACAUCACCGGAGUCCAAGCCGCUCAAUCCGCCAACGCCGGCGAGAAGGCCCUCUCCAACCACGAAGUCCUCCAGUCCCGUGCCAUGAACAUUGCCCUACGCAGAAUCAACGGCAGUGCAUUCUCAGACUCCCCCUCCCGCCAAUUCAACACCUCCCGCGCCUCAAAAGCUAAUACCACCGUUGACUUCGUCUACAUGCCGACAAUGGCAGACCUCGAUGCCGCUCCUUUGCAAUGGGGGAUCCAAGUCCCGGUCCUUCCCGAGCUGCCUUCCAUCCGGGAGCGCCGAACCCCAUCCGCCCCACCCAUGAAGCCCCAGAUCUACACAGUGUCCGGCACCGGCGCUGACGUGCCCGCCAGCGCGAUGAGUGAAGUCGUCGACAACCACGCCGUCGAUCUGGACCCGUUCUCACUUACCGAGGCUGUCGGCCGCUCGCGUGUCGGAGAAGAGAUCCAGCGCCGGUCAAAUGGUACCUCCCAGCCUGGGGCUAUUCGCGAGCUGUGGAGUGGCUUCCUUGACGAUCUGAUGGGUCCUAAAGAGAGCGCUCAGAGGAAGUAG